GCGAGCGAGCGAGCGAGCGAGCAGGAGACGAGGUAGCGAAGCGCCGGGGCCAUGGGCUGGGGGAGCCGCUGCUUCUGCCCGGGACGGCUGGACCUGCUGUGCGUGCUGGCUCUGCUCGGGUGCUGCCUGCUCCCUGUGUGCCGGACGCGUGUCUACACCAACCACUGGGCAGUCAAAAUCGCCGGCGGCUUCCCGGAGGCCAACCGCAUCGCCAGCAAGUACGGCUUCAUCAACAUAGGACAGAUCGGGGCCCUGAAGGACUAUUACCACUUCUACCACAGCAGGACGAUUAAAAGGUCAGUUCUCUCGAGCAGAGGAACCCACAGUUUCAUUUCAAUGGAACCAAAGGUGGAGUGGAUCCAACAGCAAGUGGUAAAAAAACGGACCAAGAGGGAUUAUGACUUCAGUCGUGCCCAGUCUACUUACUUCAAUGACCCCAAGUGGCCAAGCAUGUGGUAUAUGCACUGCAGUGACAACACGCAUCCCUGCCAGUCAGACAUGAACAUUGAAGGAGCCUGGAGGAGAGGCUACACGGGGAAGAACAUUGUGGUGACCAUCCUGGAUGACGGCAUUGAGAGAACCCAUCCGGAUCUGAUGCAGAACUAUGAUGCUCUGGCCAGUUGUGACGUGAAUGGGAAUGACUUGGACCCAAUGCCUCGUUACGAUGCAAGCAACGAGAACAAGCACGGGACCCGCUGUGCCGGGGAAGUGGCGGCCGCAGCAAACAACUCUCACUGCACAGUCGGAAUUGCUUUCAACGCCAAGAUCGGAGGAGUUCGAAUGCUGGAUGGAGAUGUCACAGACAUGGUCGAGGCGAAAUCAGUUAGCUUCAAUCCCCAGCAUGUACACAUCUACAGUGCGAGCUGGGGCCCCGACGAUGACGGCAAGACUGUGGACGGCCCUGCUCCACUCACCCGGCAAGCCUUCGAGAAUGGCGUUAGAAUGGGGCGGAGAGGCCUGGGCUCUGUUUUUGUCUGGGCGUCGGGAAAUGGCGGAAGGAGCAAAGACCAUUGCUCCUGUGACGGCUACACCAAUAGCAUCUAUACCAUCUCCAUCAGCAGCACAGCCGAAAGUGGAAAGAAGCCUUGGUACCUGGAAGAGUGUUCUUCCACCCUGGCCACCACCUACAGCAGCGGAGAGUCCUACGAUAAGAAAAUAAUCACUACAGACCUGAGGCAGCGGUGCACAGACAACCACACUGGGACCUCCGCCUCGGCCCCCAUGGCUGCGGGCAUCAUUGCACUGGCCCUGGAAGCCAAUCCGUUUCUGACCUGGAGAGACGUGCAGCAUGUUAUUGUCAGGACUUCCCGUGCAGGACAUUUGAACGCUAAUGACUGGAAAACCAAUGCUGCUGGUUUUAAGGUGAGCCAUCUCUAUGGAUUUGGACUGAUGGAUGCAGAAGCCAUGGUGAUGGAGGCAGAGAAGUGGACCACUGUUCCCCAGCAGCACGUGUGUGUGGAGAGCACAGACCGACAAAUCAAGACAAUUCGCCCCAACAGUGCAGUGCGCUCCAUCUACAAAGCUUCCGGCUGCUCCGAUAACCCCAACCACCAUGUCAACUACCUGGAACAUGUAGUUGUGCGCAUAACCAUCACCCAUCCCAGGAGGGGUGACCUGGCCAUCUACCUGACCUCGCCCUCAGGAACCAGGUCCCAGCUUUUGGCCAACAGGCUUUUUGAUCACUCCAUGGAAGGAUUUAAAAACUGGGAGUUCAUGACAAUUCAUUGCUGGGGAGAACGUGCCGCCGGUGACUGGAUCCUUGAGGUCUAUGACACUCCCUCUCAGCUGAGGAACUUCAAGACUCCAGGUAAAUUGAAAGAAUGGUCUUUGGUACUGUACGGCACCUCCGAGCAGCCCUACUCACCAACCAAUGAGUUUCCCAAAAUGGAGCGUGUCCGCUACAGCCGAGUUGAAGACCCCACCGAUGACUAUGGCACAGAGGACUAUGCAGGUCCCUGUGACCCCGAGUGCAGCGAGGUCGGCUGUGAUGGGCCGGGACCGGACCACUGCAAUGACUGUCUGCACUACUACUACAAGCUGAAAAACAACACGAGGAUCUGUGUCUCCAGCUGCCCCCCUGGCCACUACCACGCUGACAAGAAGCGAUGCAGGAAGUGCGCUCCCAACUGCGAGUCCUGCUUUGGCAGCCACGGUGACCAGUGCCUGUCCUGCAAACACGGGUACUUCCUGAAUGAAGAAACCAACAGCUGCGUGACUCACUGCCCUGACGGAUCAUAUCAGGACACGAAGAAAAAUCUUUGUCGGAAAUGCAGUGAAAACUGCAAGACGUGUACUGAAUCCCACAACUGUACAGAAUGCAGGGAUGGGUUAAGCCUGCAGGGGUCCCGGUGUUCCAUCGCCUGUGAGGACGGACAGUACUUCAACGGCCAGGACUGUCAGCCCUGUCACCGCUUCUGCGCCACUUGUGCUGGGGCAGGCGCUGAUGGGUGCAUUAACUGCACAGAGGGCUACUUCAUGGAGGAUGGGAGAUGUGUGCACAGCUGUAGCAUCAGCCAUUACUUUGACCACUCUUCAGAGAACGGAUACAAAUCCUGCAAAAAAUGUGACACCAGCUGUUUGACGUGCAAUGGUCCAGGGUUUAAGAACUGUACAAGCUGCCCCAGUGGGUAUCUCCUAGACUUAGGAAUGUGUCAAAUGGGAGCCAUCUGCAAAGAUGGAGAAUACGCUGACGAAUAUGGCCGCUGCCAGAUGUGUGAUGCUUCAUGUGCCAAGUGCCGGGGGCCGACCCAGGAACACUGCACUGGCUGCCCUGUCACAAGGAUUUUUGAUGAUGGCCGCUGCGUUUUGGACUGUCCCUCAGGCACACAUGAAUUUAAGAACCAAUGCCAUCUAUGCCACUACACCUGCCAAGAAUGCCAAGGAAAUGGGCCCUUCAACUGCACCUCCUGUGGAGUAGAUAAACACGGUCAGGAGCGCUUCCUCUACCAGGGGCUGUGUUGGGAGAGCUGCCCGCAGGGGUUCUACCCUGCUGAGGGGCACGCCUGCCUCCCCUGCCCAGAUAACUGUGAGCUUUGCCGCAGCGCGCACGUCUGCACGCGAUGCACGGUCGGCUACUUUGUGGUGCCCAACAACCACACCUGCCAGAAGUCAAAAUGUGGACCAGGUGAAGUCCAAGACCCAGACUAUGAUGAAUGUGUGCCCUGUGAAGAAGGAUGUUUGGGAUGCAGCUUGGAUGAUCCAGGAACCUGCACAUCAUGUGUUACGGGGUAUUACAUGUUUAAACACCACUGUUACAAAGUCUGUCCUGAGAAGACCUACAGUGAAGGAUUUGAAUGCAAAGCGUGCAACGCCAACUGCUGCAACUGUAACCAGAACAAGUGUUACUGGUGUGAAGACGGCUUCUUUGUCUUGGGUGGCAGCUGUGUCAGGGAAUGUGGCCCUGGCUUCUACGGGGACCCAGAGACGGGCGAAUGUGAGCCCUGCCACCGAGCCUGUGAGACCUGCGCCGGCCCUGGCCACAAUGAGUGCAGCAGCUGCCGAGCACGGCUGCAGCUGCUGCAGGGGACAUGUGUGGACCCCGCCCAAGCUCGGCUGGAAGGUAAGUUCUAAAAAGAACUCGUGCUCACUUCAAACCCAUCUUUGCUGAAGAACCUGCUGCAGGAGCGACGAAGGUGGAAGUUUCAAAUCAAAAGAGAGGUUUUGAGAAAGGACCAACCUUGUCAUCCUUCUUGUAAAACCUGCAAUGGAUCUGCGACCUCAUGCACUUCAUGUCCAAAAGGCACAUAUCUGUUUGCUCAGACCUGCGCCCCCACCUGUCCCCAAGGCACGUGGGCCUCGGCGAGCAGUGGCAGCUGUGAGAACUGCACAGAGGACUGCGCCUCUUGCUCUGAGGCCGAUGUUUGCGAACGAUGCCAGACUCAGGUGGAAUACCCUCUCUUCCUCCACCAAGGCAGGUGCCACACCAGCUGCCCUAAGGGCUUCUAUGCAGACAGCGGCAUAUGUAGACACUGUAGCCCUCCUUGUGAAACAUGUGAAGGAAAUGCCACCAACUGUCACUCCUGUGUAGGAAGCCUCGUCCUGGACCACGGAACGUGCCAGGAAACCUGCCAUGAGAGGCACGUGGCUGUGGAAGGGGUGUGCAAGCAUUGCCCAGAGAUGUGUCAGGAGUGCAUCCAUGAGAAAACAUGCAAAGAGUGCAUGCCUGGAUCCUUCCUGUACAAGGAUACGUGCCAUGAGGCCUGUCCCACCAACUUCUACGCGGACGCACGCCAAUGUCUUCCCUGCCACGAAGACUGUCUGGAGUGCAGUGGCCCUUCAGCCGACGACUGUGAAAUCUGUGCUCAGCCAUCCUUUGUUUUGUAUGACAAGCGGUGUUUGGACAAGUGUCCAUCAGGAACUUACUAUGAAAAAAAGACUAAGGAUUGCAAAGAUUGCCCCAGGUCCUGCCAGUCCUGCUCAGCAUUUGGAGCCUGUACUGCCUGUCUGGAAGGCCUGCAGCUGAACAACCAUGGGGGCUGCGUGCCUCACAAGGAAUGCGCCUCCUCCGACUACUGGGAUGCAGAGGCUCUGAGGUGCCAGCCCUGCCACAUGAAGUGCUCCCGCUGCACGGGGCCCUCCGAGGACCAGUGUCACACCUGCCCGAGGCACAGCCUCCUCCUCAAUACAACCUGUGUGCAGGACUGCCCCGAGGGCUACUACGCUGAUGAAGACGGCCACCAGUGUGCCCCCUGCCACAGCUCUUGCAGAACAUGUGAGGGCAGGCACAGCAUGCAGUGCCUCUCCUGCCGACCAGGCUGGUUCCAGCUGGGAAAGCAGUGCCUGCCCCAGUGCAGGGAAGGAUAUUAUGCGGAAAACUCCACUGGACGGUGUGAGAGGUGCAACAAGAGCUGCAAGGCCUGCCGGGGCCCGCGGCCCACCGACUGCCUGACUUGCGAUACGUUUUUCUUUCUGCUCCACUCCAAGGGAGAGUGUCUUCGCACCUGCCCAGAGCGCUACUAUGCAGAUCAAAGGACAAAGACCUGUGAGAGAUGCCAUCCGACUUGCCACGAAUGCGAAGGAAAAGAGCCACUGAAGUGCUUAUCGUGCGUGUGGAGUUACCACCUCCUGGGAGGAAUCUGCAUCUCAGACUGUCUUGUGGGGCAAUACAGAGUGGGAGAGGGGGAGAAAUUUAACUGUGAAAAAUGCCAUGAGAGCUGUGUAGAAUGCAAAGGACCUGGUGCCAAGAACUGUACCGUGUGCCCCUCCAACCUGCUGCUGCUCAUGGAUGAAGGGCGCUGCCUGCACUGUUGUAAUACCUCCGAUCCCAGCAACGCCCAGGAGUGCUGUGACUGCCAGGAUUCCACAGAUGAGUGCAUCCUUCCAGCAAGCGAGAGUGAGUCUGCUCCUGAGCAUUCCAAAACAGCCUUGCUCAUCAGCUCUUCCGUUAUGCUGGUGCUUCUGCUUGGGGUAGCUGUGAUCAUCUGGAGGAAAUCACGGGGCCAAGCCCAGCCAGCAGAGAAGUCAGGCUAUGAAAAACUGGCUGACCCUAGCAAGUCUUAUUCCUCCUAUAAGAGCAACUAUCGCGAGAGCACCAGCUUUGAAGAGGAUCAGGUGAUUGAGUACAGGGACCGCGACUAUGAUGAGGAUGACGAUGAUGACAUAGUCUACAUGGGCCAAGAUGGCACUGUCUACCGGAAAUUUAAGUAUGGGCUGCUGGAUGAUGAUGAUGAAGAUCAGCUGGAAUACGAUGAUGAGAGCUACUCCUACCAGUAAACAGAGGCCACCCCACCCCAUUCCCCUC